AUGCCGUCUUCCAUCACGAGUCACGCACGCUCCACUGCGUCUACCGGGCCUGGGGGUGGUGUGGUCAAGCGUAAAGUGGACGAUCGCCUCAAGACACUUCUCGAGUACUUGCCCAAUCGAAAGCACCGCGGGUUGAUUCUUCUAGUGGGAGACAGAGCUAAGGAGCAGAUUGUAAACCUUCAUCUGAUAGUGUCUCGUGCAAACCACAAUGCAAAGGUUAAUGUGCUAUGGUGCAUGAAGAAAGAGCUCGACUUCGGCUCAACGAGUCAAAAGAAGCUUGAGCGGCGCGGUCGACUUGAGGUGAAGGGGGGUAUGGCCACUGAGGCCUCCAAGGAGGCUUUCGAGACCUUUCUUACUCAGACACAAAUCCGGUUUUGCAAGUAUAGCGAGACGCACAAGAUUCUUGGCCAGACCUUUGGGAUGGCUGUGCUGCAGGACUUCGAGGCCAUCACUCCUAAUACUCUCGCCCGGACGGUCGAGACGGUGAAGGGCGGUGGUGUUGUCGUCAUCAUGUUCCGCGCGAUGCAAUCGUUGCGGCAGCUCUACACCAUCGUCAUGGAUGUUCACGCGCGUUACAAAACGGAGUCCCAGCGCGAUGUCGUGCCGCGGUUCAACGAGCGCUUUCUGCUCUCGCUCGUGGACUGUGACACCGCCCUCUGCCUCGACGACGACCUCAACGUGCUGCCCAUCACGCAGCGGAUGCGAGGGGGAGGGGGGUCUGGCCUCGGCGCCACCCCUCGCGAUGACCCGGCGCUCGUCCUCCAGGGCCGCCUCCGCCACGAGGCCGAACUCGCGCAGCUGAAGGAGCGGAUCGCCCCGAGCGCUGUGGUGGGCCCCCUCGUCCAGCGCUGUCAGACGAUGGAUCAGGCCAAGACAGUUCUUUCCCUGAUGCAGGCGAUCACGGAGAAGAGCCUCGAUGCGACGUGUGUCGUGACGGCUGGUCGUGGGCGCGGGAAGUCGGCCGCGCUGGGGAUGGCCGCCGCAGGGGCCAUCGCCCAGGGCUACAGCAACAUCUUCUGCACGGCGCCGUCGCCUGAGAACCUGCAGACGUUUUUCGAAUUUGCCAUCCGCGGGCUGAAGGACUUUGGGUAUGUCGAAUCCACCCACUUUGAGGUCUUGCAAAGCAACAGCGAGGACUUUGCCCGGUGCAUUAUUCGCAUCCAUGUGUUCAAAGAGCACCGGCAGACCAUCCAGUUUGUGUCCGCCACGGAUGCGGAGGCCUUUGCGCAGGCUGAGCUCGCGAUCAUCGACGAGGCGGCCGCGUUACCACUGCCGUUGGUGAAGCGCAUGUUAGGGCCGUAUUUGAUUUUUUUGUCCUCAACCGUCUCGGGCUACGAGGGCACGGGCCGAAGCCUUUCGAUGAAGCUUAUCGCGGAUAUGCGGAAGCGCAGAGGUGGGGGCGGUCAGGGUGCGAAUGGGGCCCCUACCGGUGGGCGGCAGCUCAAAGAGAUGUCUAUGCACGACGCCAUUCGCUACGGCCCAGGUGACCCGCUGGAGAAAUGGCUGAACACGUUGCUGUGCUUGGACGCAACGGAAAAGGCGGUACCUCUGCGUUCCAGUCCGCAUCCCAAAACUUGUGAACUCUACUACGUCAAUCGUGACGCACUCUUUUCCUAUCAUCCCUUCGCGGAGGAGGUGCUGCAACGUAUCCAGGCUCUCUUGGUUGCAGCGCAUUACAAAAAUCAACCUAACGAUCUUCAGCUUUUAUCUGAUGCACCCGGUCACCACUUGUUUGUGCUGUGCUCAGCAAGCUUAGAGGAUGAAGGUCAGAGUCUAGAUACGCGUGCGGGGGGGGAUGAGGGGCGUAAGGGUUUAAUGGAAAAGGUUCCGGAUAUUUACUGUGUGGUCCAUGUGUGUGAAGAAGGACAAGUGAGCGCCGAGACGGUGCGCAGUAACCUUAGCCAUGGUCUCCGCCCCUCAGGGGACCUCAUCCCCUACACAUUAUCGCAAUACUAUCUCGAGGAGGGGUUUGCGAAACUGGCUGGCAUGCGCGUGGUACGCAUUGCGACCAGCCCGGAGCUUCAACGGGCGGGUUACGGCUCGCGUUCCUUGGCAUUAUUGCAGGCGUACUAUUCCGGGUCGAUUUCCCUUACUGCCGCCGCCAAGCCAGGGGAGACGGCGCAGACCAGCGCAGCGACGCGCCUCUCUUCUGAUGGUGAGGGGGUAGAGCAGGAGGCGCGGCUGCAAAGCCGUGGUCGCGUUCUCAACCUCUUCACGCCAUUGGUGGAACGUCCGUAUGAGGUACUGGACUACCUGGGUGUUAGUUUUGGACUAACGACUGAGCUCUUUAACUUUUGGAAGCGCGCAGGCUACGAAGCGCUGUAUGUCCGUCAGGCUGCCAAUGAUCUCACGGGAGAGCAUAGUUGUGUCAUGAUACGCCCAAACGGCCUUGAUCUGACCCCACUUAAGGAGGAGUUCCGACGGCGAUUCCUUCGACUUCUAUCCAUGCCUUUUCGGUCGCUUUCGACGGAACUGUGCUUGAGCGUUUUAUCUGACCUUGAUGUUCACGACGCCAAGAAGUUGUUCGAACUCACCGACGCCACGCAAGCCGCGGAGCUUCGCAUCGUGCGCGUCGGUGGGGUACGCCAGGCCAAUCGCACCGACCUCACGGAGAUUUUCAGCGCUUCCGAUUUGAAGCGUCUCCAGUUGUUCUCCACUUCCUAUGUGGAGGGCAGUAAUGUGCUUGACCUCAUCCCAGCUGUCGCCAAGCUGUACUUCGAGCAUCGUUUGUACAAAGCACCUGACGGUACGGAGGGUGUUAUUCUCACACACGCGCAGGCCGCUGUGCUUCUGGCUGUAGGACUGCAAUGCCAAUCCUUAGAGGAGCUUUCUAAACAAGAGGCCUUCGCUAGCGUCCAUAUACUGCAGCUCCGCGCCUUUCUUCAGAAGGGGCUUUCUCGUCUGAUAGAGCACUUUGGUGCCCUCCAGCGGCUUGAUAAAACACACACUAAGCGUGAUCGUGAGGAUGGCGUUGAUAUUGCCAAGGAGGAUGAGGAAGUCCGCGAGAUCAAGGAUGCGAGUGGGAAGGUGGUGGGGCUUACCGUAGCUAAGAAGGUCAAAAAGCACAUAGAGGUCGACUCAACGUUACUGCGGGAUUCGUCAGUGAUCGCGGUAGCCGGUGGCAGUUCUCAGGAGAAGGCAUCGUCAUCACUGCAGGAGGUUUUCCAUCGACCUAAGAAGAAGAGCUCCCGUCACCGAUAA